GAAAAGUCUACCCUUAUAUCCCUUUCCAGCUGCUUCCAGCUGUCCUGCAUUUGAAGCCAGACCUCAGGAAUGAGCACUUCACUUUGUACUACUUUAAUCCAUUGCAGUCUGUGUCACAGAUUAUGGGAAUCCUUUCAAGUCAUCCCAAAUAUGGUUCCAUUCCUAAACUUAUAUUUGCCUGUAUCAUGGGAUACUUUGCUGGAAAGCUUUCUUAUGUGAAAACUUGCCAAGAGAAAUUCAAGAAUCUUGAAAAUUCCCCUCUUGGAGAAGCUUUACGGUCAGGACAGGCACGGCGAUCUUCACCACCUGGGCACUAUUCUCAGAAGUCAAAAUAUGACUCAAAUGUGAGUGAUCGUUCAUCUUUUGUGACAUCUCCAGCUGCAGACAACAUGGAAAAAGAGAUGUUGCCUCGUUAUGAGCCAAUUCCAUUCAGUGCUUCUAUGAAUGAAUCUACUCCUACUGGUAUUACUGAUCAUAUUGCCCAAGGACCUGAUCCCAACCUUGAAGAAAGUCCUAAAAGAAAAAAUAUUACAUAUGAGGAAUUAAGGAAUAAGAACAGAGAGUCAUAUGAAGUAACUUUAGCACAUAAGACUGACCCCUCAGUCAGGCCUAUGCAGGAAAGAGUGCCCAAAAAAGAAGUCAAAGUAAACAAAUAUGGAGAUAUUUGGGAUGAGUGAAAAAUUGCAUCAUUGGACCUACGGAAGGCGUUUCAAUAUCCAUCUUCAUCUAGGUGGUCAUGAAUAUCUGCAUGCUUUGAUCUCAGCAGCAGUCUUCAUAAACACAUUUCAAACUAGAACCUGGAUUUUUGUGGUUUGGCUUAUUAAAAUGAUGUUUAAAAACAAAUUUUAAUGUUAAUAUUGUAUGAAUGUAUUCACCUUGGGGAACUAUAUGAAUGAUGGUAUUAUACCAUGAUUGUGUACAGUUUGAAAUUUAAGUUUCA